UUAGGUUAGUUAGGUAUCAAAAUGGGUAAACACGAAGUAGGAACACCAAAAUAUAUUGCUAAUAAAAUUAAGGCAAAAGGCUUGCAAAAGUUAAGAUGGUAUUGUCAAAUGUGUCAAAAACAGUGCAGAGACGAAAAUGGAUUCAAAUGUCAUACAAUGUCAGAAUCUCAUCAUAGACAAUUACUGUUAUUUGCUGAUAAUGCUUCUCGUUAUAUGGAUCAGUUUUCAAAAGAGUUUUCUCAGGGUUAUUUAAAUUUACUAAAAAGACAAUUUGGUACCAGAAGGGUGCCUGCUAAUCGCGUUUAUCAAGAAUAUAUCUCAGACCGGGGACAUAUACAUAUGAAUGCUACAAUUUGGCUUACAUUGACUGCAUUUGUUAAAUGGCUUGGACGUACUGGACAGUGUGUUGUCGAUGAAACAGAGAAAGGCUGGUACGUAACAUACAUUGACAGGGAUCCAGAAACACUUGCAGCGCAAGAAAGAAAAGCUAAAAAACAAAAAAUGGAUAAAGAUGAUGAAGAAAGAAUGAUGGAAUUUAUAGAAAAACAAGUAGAAAAAGGCCAACAAGAAAGUAACGAACAAUCUGAAAAUAUUAAAGAGCCACUUAAACGACUUGACAAUGAUGCACCUUUAGUCCUUAAUAUGAAAAUAAAUAAAAAACCAAAAUUACUUCCCAUUAUAAAACAAGAAAAAAUAGAUAAAGAUUCUACCAGUAAUGAAUCGACUUCCAUGAUUUCUGAUAUAAAGUCUGAGGAACCAAAUAAAGAAUAUAGAGAUAAGGAAACGAGUUCAGCAAAAAUAGAAAAAGAAAAGAUUAUAUACCCCAGGAAUACGAGAACGUUGACCAAAACAGCUGUCGUCGGAGGCAAACCAAUCGACGAGAAGACAUGCAUGGCUCUAAGAACGUUGGUUUUCGGAAGUUGUGCCACCCCACCGAGGCCGGAAUGGGCGAGGACCGGAUUCACGUUGCGACCUUACGGGCAAAGCUUGGCGUUUGGAUUGCGAGCGCCGAGGAACACGACCAGGGCCCUCGUCACGGCUGUACAAGCCGUGAUGCUCAAACAUUUCCUCUUCAAAUCUAAACAGGAUAGCCACGUUGGCCCUGAAAGCCUGUUGAGACCGUCGUACGACAGGCAGAUCGACGCGCUGACGUCCACCAUAGCGGAGAUUAUUUGGCGUUGCGCGGGCGGGUUUGCCGUGCAAAAUAUCGGUUGCUCGUCGAAUCAAAGCGGAAACGAGAACGUGUCCACGGCGGUGGUUGUCUUGCCGCAAGAGACACCCUAUGUGCAGCACAGCGUGCAAUACUUUCAAGAUGGUCUCACGGAGACCCUCCAUUUGUUCGAAUUUGAAUCUUUGGACGACUUGGAGAUAUUCGUGAAGCGAUACUUGUACUUGUUUCAAGACGAGGGUAGUCCCGGUGCUAUAUUGCUUCUGUACAGCGCUGUACUCUCCAGAGGGCUUUCCAAAGUGAAGAUCGAUCUGGAAAAUCCAAGGGGUUCGAUGUUGAGCGGUUGCCCGGAGGAGGGCUCCACGAGCGUGGUGAUCUUCUCGUUGACGGGCCGUGCCUCCCCUCACCUUCACAACGGGGUGUUGCACGUUGGGGAUGAAAACACAUACGCUGUACCGCAAUGGGGCGUCCUCGCCAGGAGCGAGGUAGGAUUCCUGGUGCACGAGGGCGACGGACAAUCGAAUAAACAACCCGGCUCCCGCUUGAAGACCCCCAAUUUGCCGAUUUGGGUCACCCUUUGCAACGGCCAUCACGGCGUCCUGUUCAAUACGAAUCGCGAGCUGCUCAGAAAUUAUCACGCGGAGCGACGCUUCGAGAUCCAAUACUUCACUUGCGGUGGAAGCCAUGCCAUUCUGACCGUCGACACCAGGUCAAAUUCCGGAAAUGAUUCGGAGUUGGAGGGGCCGAGCAAAGAAUGCACGGACAUGGCCGCAACUCCCUUGGAGAAACUCAUUCGUUCCAAGUGA